GGGAGCAGGCAGCAGGGAUCCGCGAAGGCAAAGAGGGGUCGGGGAAGAAAGAAAAAUCCACGGCGCCACCGUGUCACCCCCGCACUGGCGGCCGCGCGCCGCUGCCGACGACGCCUAUAUCAGUCGCAAGCCUCCACCUCCUCUCCUCAUCCUCUCUCUCACUCACAACGCAGAGCAGAUAGCAGAGCGUGCCUCGCUCCUGUUUCUCCGUCGUUCAGCUUCCUCCCUCCAGAAAUCUCCUCGCGGUAGGUUGGUCUCCAACGCCGCCGGCCGGCCACCGCCAUGGGCAUCGUCGACGUCGUCUCCGAGUACUGCUCCUUACCCAGGACCCGCCGCCACCUCAAGAAGCGGAAGCAGUUCCAGACGGUGGAGAUGAAGGUGCUGAUCGACUGCGACGGCUGCGAGCGCAAGGUCCGGAAAGCCCUGGAGGGCAUGAAGGGCGUGAGCUCCGUGGACGUGGCGGCGCGGCAGCACAAGGUGACGGUGACGGGCUACGUCGACGCCGGCAAGGUCAUGCGCCGGGUCGCCUACAAGACGGGCAAGCGCGUGGAGCCGUGGCCGUACGUGCCCUACGACGUGGUGGCGCACCCCUACGCCCCCGGGGCCUACGACAAGAAGGCGCCGCCAGGGUACGUCCGCAACGUCGUCUCCGACCCCACCGCCGCGCCGCUGGCGAGGGCGUCGUCGACGGAGGUCAGGUACACCGGCGCGUUCAGCGACGAGAACCCAAACGCCUGCGCCGUCAUGUGAUGUAUGCGAUCGGCGGAGGUGGUGGCCGGCCGGCCGGCCGGCCGGCGGUGCAUCAUGGAGUAGGAGGGGUAAUCGCUCCAGAUUUCUUCUCUAGCUUGUAGGUGUAGUUGCUGGAGCUUUUAUUUUUUUUUUGGUUUUCUUUCUUCUCUACCAUUAGCUAGCUCAUCUGGUUCGAUGCCUGUAAAAGAUGAUGUUUUUGUAGUAGGUUUGUGCAAAAGAACUGCAAAAUCAGUGGUGAAAAAAAAUUUUAUUCGAGUUUGUAGGAUUUUUUGAGAGCC